AUGCUCACAGACCUUGAACUUCCGAAAGUAAUGACACCACACGCAACUUUGACUGAGGACUUUCCGGUCCCAGUCGUGACUUCAGAAAUCGACAAGGGAGCUACAAUUUCUAGCGACGGCGACAGCAAGCCAAGUCGACGGUUGAAUGUCCCAGCCCUAGAGCCACACCACCACGUGGGCGCCUGUACACGCUUGCGGUCGAUGCUCGCAAAUAGCGACCAGCUUAUCGUGUGUCCCGGCGUCUACGACGGUCUAAGUGCGCGGAUCGCCCUAGAUGUAGGCUUCGAUGCCUUGUACAUGACCGGCGCAGGUACCACAGCAUCGCGACUAGGGCAGGUAGACCUAGGCAUCGCCCAGCUAGCAGAUAUGCGAGCGCACGCUGAGAUGAUCGCAAACUUGGACGAAAGCAUCCCCUUGAUUGCAGACAUGGACACUGGAUUCGGCGGGCCGUUGCUAAUCGACAGAGCCGUCAAAGAAUACUCUCGCGCCGGAGUCGCAGCUUUCCAUAUCGAGGACCAGCUGCUAGCCAAAAGAUGCGGUCAUCUGGCACGGAAGGAUGUUGUCGAGAUAGAGGAAUACCUCGUCCGAAUCCGCGCCGCCAAACAAGCCAAAGAAAAGAUUGCCAGCGACAUCGUCAUCAUUGGCCGCACCGAUGCUCUCCAAAAGCACAGCUACGAUGAAGCCAUCAAGCGGCUUCGAGCUGCGCGGGAGGCGGGUGCAGAUGUGGGUCAAUUGGAGGGUGCGACGAGUAAGGAGAUGGCCAGGCAGGCCGUGAAAGAUCUCGCGCCUAUGCCGCUGUUGCUGAACAUGGUGGAGCACGGAGCUACGCCCAUUAUCACCACGAAAGAGGCAAAAGACAUGGGUUACAGGGUCAUGAUUUUCUCGUUUGCGUGUCUUGGCCCGGCCUUUGUAGCGAUUCGGGAGACUUUGCAGAAGCUUAAGCAUGAGGGUGUGACGGGUAUUCCGGAAGACGUGAAGCCCAAGACGAUUCUCGAUGUUUGUGGGUUACAGGAGGCACAGGAGCUGGACCGAGAGGCUGGAGGAUGUAUGAGACCGGCUUAA